AUGGCCGGCUUUGUCGACGCUCUCAAGAACUUGAAGACCAAGUUCAAGGCCAUCUUCAAGAAGAAGGAGGCGAAGCCUGCCGAGGAGACGCCGGCCACCGAGGCUGCCGCCGAGGCUGCACCGGCAGAGACGGCCGAGGCUGCAGAGCCCGCCGACGAGGCCAAGCCAGCAGAGACGCCUGCUGCUGCUCCCGCCUCUUAA